AUCAGCUCUCGUUCUGGAGCCACGUUCAACCAUCUCUCUUCGCUUCCAGCUUGCAGUCUGUUCGGACCACGCGUUGUGUGCUGUCGUAUAAGUAAGUCGUUCGCCGUCUUCGACCACGCAGUGUCCAACUAGUAUACUCCGAUCGCUGCUCUAGUGUCCGAAAAAGUUCGUUUUUCUUCUCAGACCAAUCCGUUAAACCUAACCUAAUUCACCAUGUCGUCUAGCGAAUGCUAUCGUUGCCACAAGACAGGCCACUUCGCCCGCGAAUGCCCCGACGUUGCCAUGGGAGGCGGAUAUGGCGGAGGCCGUAGCGGAGGCUACGGUGGAGGCCGUGGCUUUGACGGUGGCCACAGGUCCGGUGGCGGCCAGCGCUUCGGCGGAUCCGGAGGCAGCCGAGGAUGCUACAACUGUGGUAAGGAAGGCCACAUGGCUCGAGACUGCCCAACGGCGUCGGAGGGCCGUUCCUGCUACCGUUGCCAUCAGACUGGUCACAUCUCCCGGGACUGCACUGUCUCAGUCGUCUAGACCGAACCCCAGCUGGGGGGGGGUUUCGGCCAGCCCGGCGAAGGUUUACCGGCAGCACCCGCUAGGCCUAAUGCGGGCCACGCGGCUGCUGCUGUCCGGCAAGCCAUCACUGACUGGCUGUGACCCCCAUCGGCUUUCACCGGCGUGCUCUGUCCCUCGGCGUUGUUUGGCGUUCGUCUUAUGUGCGACAACAAAAAAAACCAACGAUAACCGAAGAAUAGUGACGCCGGUGGCUGGAGAGAAGACCCGAGGUGACGCUGUAUGCUAACUCUGAUUCACGGCAGCCGGCAUUCUGCGCAAAUUUGACGCCGACUAUACCUGACGCGUAAGCCUGCCAGUCUAUACGCUGCUUUUCGAUUAAUACUGCAACUAAACAUAGUUAGAUGAUUGGGUUGUAGGCAAGCUGCUACAGCUAGUCGAGUGGAUGCGGCAGUGGAGGUGAGCUGAGAAUUUAUGUUUUCGAUGUUGCAUGCAUCAUGGUGAUGAUGAUAUACUUCUACCAAAGCAACAAAAUGGAGCGGUUUAUGGCUAGGCAUUGCGCCCCCUGGUAUAGUAGCCCGUAUAGUUUGUGGAAAAAGACGAAAGCGGAUAACCCUGGAGAAGAGGAAGCGACAGCGAAACAAGUUCAAGACGAUCAUGCAGAAUAAAAGAAGACAGAAGAAAUUAGAAAACGAUGACAAACUCAACCUAGCAGCCACGAAUACAUGUAUUCUUUUUGCAGUAGUAUGUACUCAACCUUAAAUUACCUAACUCGACAUCCAGUCGACCUACGUCCUUUACCUCCAAUAUAAUCAUCAUCAGUAAGAAGACAGCAUCAAGCGCGGAGAGUACUUCAUUCACUCGACGGACUCGCAUGCGGGAGGAAUCGCCGGGACGAAUCGUUAACAACGAUGGAGACACAUCUGGCAAAGACGGGUGUUCGUAGCGGCGACGAUCGCAUCGGCGGCGGUGGAACCGGGUGGAUCGCGUUCAGACCAGGAGCCAGGUACGUGGGACUAUCUUCGUUGUGAACGCCCCUCAAUAUCUGUCUUCUGCGUGUGUCACGCGUCACUGAUUUAAUCCCCGGUGCGUUGUCGCUUCACGGCCGGCUUUCCCUUGCUCGUCAGCAGCGGUGUUGCAUCCGUUGCUGUUGUUAAAGAUCUCGAUUCAACUAGAAGACGGCGAUGACGAACACAACUGUAAAAAAGGUAGAAAAAAGACAAAGUGGAGGAGGAAGCGAAGAAGAUAAUUAAUAAGCUAGAAAUGUGAAGACACUGAAUAAAUCUGUUGGAAGUGUGACAACGAAGAGAAAACUUGAGGAAAUAUGACAGCAGGAAACCUUGUAAGAAGAGUAGGAUCACGAGGAGCUAAGCAUGCUAAGAGCUAAAAAGAAAUCGCGAUCUGAUGAUGGUGCGGUUAUAAGCUAGCUACUGUGCUGGCACCAUCUUCCAAACACAACGUCCGGGUCUACGUCGAGCUGGCUUUAAAGAAAGUAAGCUUGCACAACGAAGACCCCAUUUCUCCCUUACAAUAUAUAUAUAUACGUCGUGAAGAAGAACAAUACAGACGUUACGAUAAAAAAAAGUAUGACCUUGAAAGAACGGCGAACAGGAUAUAAAACAGAAGAACGAGACCGAAUCUAGAAUGACUAUGAUCUACUGAUGGACAACUUUUUGAAGAAAGUUUACUUCGAAGUUAUUAAGCAAAAAAAAAAAAAACUAGAUUAAGAUGAAUCAACUCAACUUUAAAAAGUAGCAAUGCAAGCAUCAUGUCACCGAGGCCUUUGGCCGUUCUUGUGAGGAAGCCCAACGUUUACUGAUGACAACGACAAAUUAAUUGAAUAGACGACGAAAUGCGCGCGAUUUUUUUCUCGGGGUGAAGAAAAUGAUAAACAUCAGCAAACAAAACAGCCGAACAUCAUUGUCAAACUACUAGUUAUAUAUGCAGGACAACUACUACGGUAAUUACUAUAGCAGCAGCAAAAAGCACACAUCUAUCUUGAAGCAGUAUACAAUUAUAAUUUCAUAAAGAGGAUAACGGCAUGAGCAGAGUAUAAAGAAAUGUGAAAAUAUGGAACAUGGUAAGGUCAAAGAAAUGAAACGUCGGAAAAGGUUUACUCAACAGCAGCAAGCAGAAGUAUAAUGGCGGAAAAGAAAAUAGUUAUGUACUAAUACGUGAAAAGAAACCUGUUGACGAUAGAAUACAUGAGUUGGUGAGAAAACAGAAAUCCAGAAAUAUAAUGGCAGUCGGUGGAAAACUGCCAUGGCACUUUUCUUGGCAGUUUUUCUGCUGGUGGCAGAACGAGUAAACAAAUGCACAUAAACCACUACAACUGUACACUUAUAUUACUUGAACGAAAGAACUUGAAUAACAAAAAUAUAGAGGUAAUAUUGAUGGAAAAAAGAUGCGAAGAUGAGAUGACUAAGACGAGCAACUCUGUGAUAUUUUCCCUGUUUUACAGAGGAGUUAGUUUUGACGAGACGAAAGAAAUGGUAAUCUAGAAAAUAACUAAUAUUAAAAAAUUAUAGUAAUAACAUAACGUCACAACUAUAGAACGAUGAAGAGAUGAUGGAGAUGCGGCGAUGCUGAUGGCGAAAUAAAUAUUAUAAGAAUACUAUUACAGAUGUGGUUGAUAAAAUGAAAAACAAAAGCUGGAAACAAUGAAAACGGUGUGAAAAGUCGUAGCAAAAGAAAAAUGCCAAAAAACUCCAGAGACUAAAAAAAAGUAAAAUGACGAUGGUGUCCAACGAUGAAUAAUGGUAGUUAAACAAUAACGAAAACUGCAGCACACAAAGAACAGAGAAUAGGCAUACACACAGAAAUACACACGAUGGAAGAAAAUUGAGGGGAGUUUUGUCCGAAAAA